UUUGGCGGCCGCCGCCGCUGCCGCUGCGGCGCUGGCGUCGGGGCGGGCGGCCUCGGCGGAGGCGGCGGUGGCGGCGUCGCGUUGCCCGCCACGCCGUGUCCGCGCCCACAUCCACGACGUCCGCUGCCGCCCCACGCCUCCCCGACGCCCCACGCCGCCCUACGCCGCCUCACGCCGUUGCACCGGGGCGCCCGCAGUCGCCUCACGCCUCCGGCAGCCUCGCGCUGCUUCACUCCGCUGCGCGACGACGCCUGCCCGUCGCACGCUCUCGGCUUCGCCCGCGCACGCCGCGCCGCACCGCGCCGCCACCAUGCUGACCUCUUGACGCCUACGCCCCUGCCUUGCUUUGCCUUCCGUACAAGUGGCGAGGUGCCGCGCGAGAUGCGAGGGACGUGGGCGGCGGCGAGCGCCGCUGCGCUGCUGCUCGUCCUGAGCCUGCUGAGCGGGCGCGCCGCCGGCCACGCGCACCACCACUACUGCCACGCCCACUCCUCGGAGAAGCUGAGCUGUGACAGCGCUCCGUACGCCGACCUCGCCUACCUGCGCGCGCGCCCCGCCCUAGCCCAAGUGCGCGACCUCAGCGUGCAGCACGGGAACGUGCCUGAGCUCAGCGACUCCGCCCUGCGGGGCCUCGACCUGCACGUGCUCAGCCUAUCCGACAACGGAAUCUCCGUCGUCCACCGCAAGGCCUUCCACGGCCAGCGCUCGCUCCACUUCCUGCAGCUCGCCUUUAACAACAUUCGUAACCUGCAUCGCGACACAUUUGUCGGCCUCGAUGAGCUUAACACACUCGACAUCAACGACAAUUUGCUCACCGAUGUCGGUGCGUUGCAUUAUUUGCCGCAAGUGUUUCUCCUGAGUAUCAAAGGAAAUUUUAUAACUGCCGUUGAGAAAGAUUCCUUCUAUAGUCCCAACUUAAGAGUCCUCAAUUUUGCCGAAAAUGAAAUUUCGCGUAUUGAGGCAGGGGCGUUCGAAAAUUGCCCGAAUUUAGAAACGCUCGAUUUGUCAGACAAUUAUAUCACACAUCUUCCAAAAGAUGCAUUUCGAAACACAAAAUUGUUUGAAUUAAAGUUAAAUAGGAACAAAAUUGUGUCUGUGGAAUUUGCGCAGAACAUUUCUUCAUUACGAUACUUAAUAUUGUCACAUAAUUCGAUUUCUACGGUACCUCGCUCAGCUUUCUUCGGAGCAACUCAACUGUAUCAUUUAAAUCUAGCUCACAACAAGAUCUCAACCAUAGCAGAUGAUGCCUUCCAUAAUUUGUUGAACUUGGGUGACUUGAACUUGUCGCAUAACUGUCUGAGCUCCUUGCCCGCGUCAGCAUUCUUCGGCACGCCGUACUUGCAGAGGCUCAACUUGGAGCACAACCUGUUGACGCGCUUGGACUUCCGCCAGAGCAGCCUUACACACCUGUAUGCGAGCUGGAACGCGCUGACGAGCGUGCGCGCGCAGGACUUGCCGAGCGCCGCGCGCACGCUGCAGGUGCUGGAUGUGUCGCACAACCCUCUGAAGCGGCUGCGCACGGAGGCGAUGGCGGCACUGGGCAGCCUGGCGGUGCUGCGCGCGCAGCACGCGUCAAUGGAGACGCUGGACGCGGACGCGCUCGCCGCUGCCACGCAGCUCACCGACGUCGACCUCAGCCACAACCGCCUGGUGGGCGUGGCCGUGCACGACACGCCGCACAUGCGCCGCCUGCGUAUGCGCGCCAACGCCGUCGCCGCGCUCGCCAACGGCACCUUCACCAACGUCACGCUCGACCACCUAGUCGUCGACCUCUCCAACAACGGCAUCCACGAGGUGGAGAGUCACGCCUUCUACGGACUCGAGGAGGUGGCCUCCCUUAAUCUCUCAGGGAACAGCAUCGCAUACCUACAUAACAACACUUUCAGAACGCUCAGCAGCAUUUGGGAUCUUGAUUUGAGUUACAAUAAGAUAUCGAAACUGAAUUUCCUGCGCAAUAUUUCUAGUAUGAGGCAACUUAAUAUGACUCACAACAGUAUAACAACAUUAUCGGAAUACACAUUUGUUUCUUCCACAAUUCCUCUUCUUUUCUAUAUUGACUUCUCAUCGAAUUUUAUUUCCGAAAUCAAACAUAAUGCAUUUAAAGGGUUAAAAAAUUUGUGGGAUUUGAAACUGUCAAAUAAUAGCAUUUCGUUCCUCCCAGUUGAUACAUUUAAGGAUACUACAAGUCUCUGGGACCUGAAUCUCAGCCUGAACAAUCUAUCCAGUUUCGAGUGGCUGUCCAUUCCCAGUCUGCGGAAACUCAAUCUCUCCGGCAACGCUGUGACAGUUCUUCCGGACGGCGUGUUCACUGGCUUAAACACGACGGCCCUCACUGAACUGGAUUUGUCCGCGAACGGGCUGGGGGCGGUGGAGGAGGGCGCCCUGGCCGGGCUGCGGCACCUGGAGUUCCUGGACUUGUCGCGCAACGCUCUGCGCGCCCUCCCCGCCUCGGCCCUGGCCACGCCGGCGCUGGCGCACCUCGACCUCAGCGACAACGCCCUCGCGACCGCGCCGCCGCUCCCGCCGCUGCCCGCCCUUCGCUCCUACGAUCUCUCGGGCAACCGGCUGUCGUCGCUGCCCGCGGAGGCGCUGGCUGGCGCGGCGGGACUGCGGGUGCUGCGCGCGUCUCGUAACGCCCUCGAGGCCUUGGACAACAGCUCCGCGUUGGCACUGCCGCGCCUGCAGGAGCUGUACGUGGCGGACAACCGCAUUACCAGCGUGGAGGCCAACGCGCUGGCGGGCUGCCCGGCGCUGCUGCGUCUCGACCUGCGCGGCAACCACUUGACGCGCGUGCCGCCGCUGCGCCUGGCGGAGCUGCGCCACCUGCGCCUGGCCGCCAAUGCCCUGCGCCACCUGGACGACGACGCGUUCGCUGCGGUCGGCGUCCCGUCGCUCGUGUUGCUGGACGUGUCACGUAAUGCGAUCGAGUCCGUGGGGCCCGAGGCGUUCCAGCGGCUGCGCCUCCUCAAGUACCUGGACCUGUCGGACAACGCGUUGACUGCGCUGCCCGCGGUCACCUUUGCCAACAACAGUGUGCUGUGGGCGCUGGACGUGAGCGGCAAUCGGCUGGCGCAACUGGAUGCGUUGCGCGACCUGCCCGGCCUGGAGGUGCUGAACGCGUCACGCAACGCCGUGCGCGUCGUGGCGCACAAGCCGUCCGGCAAGGGCCGGCGUGCGCGGCUAGCGCUGCUGGACUUGUCGCACAACGCUCUGUCGCUGGUGAAGAGCCGCGCGCUGGCGGGGCUGGGCAAGCUGCGCGCGCUCGACCUUUCGCACAACCGCCUGCAGCGCCUGCCGGCCUCCGUGCUGGACGACGCGCGCCGCCUGGCGGCGUUGCGCUGCUCGGGCAACCCGCUGCGCACGCAGUGCCCACACGACCCCUCCGCCGCCUCCGCCGCCUCCGCCGCCUCAACUGCCCUCGCCGACCCCGAGGCGCACAUGGCCUCCGAACUGCAGCGGCUGGCGCUGCGCCGGCGGUUGCGUUGGCACACGCGCAGGUAGAGCCCCCUGCCCCCCUGGGUCGCGGACAUUCCGAGCUGUUCUUCCGUUCCAGCGUUGUUAUUACAUUACUCUGCUUCGGAAUAUUUAAGUUUAUAUUUACGUGAUGACUAAACCUCCUACGAAAACAGUUCGAGGGCCGUAGUGGAAGUAUUAGAAAUAGCGCAGAUAAAAACUUUCAAAUACUCCUCUUAUAACUUGACAGAGGAGAUCAAAUCUUUCCGAUUAACAAUUUCUUAUUUAUCAGUUAAAUUGUACUGUUGUUAUUAACGUUUACAGUAUAUUAUAAAGAUUUUUGUGAGAACAUCGCAUUAAUAUAGUUAAAUGUUCUUAACAACUUCGUUUCUUGCGAGUUGUUGAUGUAGGAAUGAGAAUUGCCGACAAUAUAAGUUGGUCAGCAGUCUUCAUUCAGUAGAAAAUGAGGAACUAAGAAUUACUGCGGAAUCCCUGAGUUUGCAAAUUUCUCUUUCAUUUUCUAUAAUAAUUUAUAUUUUGUAUUUAUAGUUAUUUCGGAAAUGCAUUUAAAUGUAGUGUCUAUAAGACUGUUUUAAUUGUGUCAUUAUUUUUACCUAGAUCUAUCUAUUUUUACCUUUACCUACUUUAUUGUAUAUGUAGAUUAAACGAUUAAACGAUUAUAAGAAGGAUUAAACGAUUUUAAGUUUAACCACCAGGUAACACUCAACUCUCCUUCAGACUGCUAUGAGUAAUUUUAAGUAUCAUGCAUGGUAGUGUAGAUACUUUCAAAUUUUGUAACUUUCUUUAAAUUGCGUACAUUACAUUUCCUGUCGAGAUAUUUUUAUUGAGACUCGACUGUGAUUAAUUUUUAGCACCUGACACAUAUGAUUUCUGAUUUUGUUUCCAAUACGUAGCACACCCUACAAGAAUUUUGAUCGCGCUAGUUUAAUGGCUAUCAUAAGUAGCAUUUUUAUCGUUUUAUCUUAAAUGUAAGUUACAAUAUAAUAAGGAAUGUUAUAUAUGAUCAUGUAACAACAGUACUGAAAAAAGACGAAUAUUUCUUUGUGCAUCAAUUAAACUGAGAAAAAAUGAACCAAAAUAAUAAUUCCAUUAAUCAUAAUCGUCAUCAUAGAUCAAAAAUAUUUAAAAAUAAAUCAUAUAAUAAUACAACAUGGAUUAAUCUUUUGGUGUCUUCCCAUACGGCUGCAUUGGCCAUCUCAUAGUUUCCUACGCCCAUCUCCUGUUUCCAUGAGACUUGUAUAUACAUUCCAACUAAAAUAUAUCUACGCUAUUUAUUCUUUACUAAUGUUCUUCUAUGUUCUUUUCGUUUGUUGAGGAGUUUCCAAAAUUGUAAAUCUUACCUAAUUUUUUCAUUUAUAAUAAAAGUAGCAGGUUCCAAUAUGUUUGUAUAAGCGUAAGAAACAUCGUUUGUAUAAGUAUAAGAAAAUCUACUAUUUUUAGCGAUUUGAAUAUAUUUGGUGUGAUUUAGUACUUUCAUCACUUUUUGCAGAUUGACUGAAUAUAUAAUUUCGGCCUGUUUUUUUGCUAUUGCCAAGACAAACUAAAAUGUAACGAAUUUUAAACGGUGACUGGAACAUUAACGAAUUAAGAUUUACGAGUUGGUGUUAGUGUCAAAACCAAUAAAC